GUCCAUUGACCAUGCUAGUCAUUUAAUAGAUCGACUUCGCUUCGUUUCGGUUUUAAUUUCUGCAAGUGCCAACGACGCUGGGCUAACUAAGAUCGUUGAUCGUCAUACAGAAGCUUUGUCGUAGCUCUUACCUCUCCGGAGAAGAAGCAUGGUGCGAAAACAGUUUCAACAGGCUAAAACAGGAAUAGAGGCUUUGAAGUCAAUGGAUGCAAACAAGUACCUGAAGAAGGUCGGACUAGGGCGUGACGAUAUGUUCUUUUGGAAACAAGUGGGUAAAGCGUUGCUAUGCACCUACACAAUCUUCGGCAUGGCUUGGUUAUACAAUGAAACAUCUCCUCUAGGGUGGUGGACGCUGAAGCCGAGACCAAAGGAGGAGAGAGAGUUGGCUCAUUUGUAUGAGCGGCGUGAGUUUCCUUAUCCUGGUGAUACAGAGGCCAUGGAGGAUUUUGUUGCGAAGGGAGGGAUGAUAGGGACAGCAAUUGGGCCUAAAGGGGUUGUUGAGUCCGAAGGUGAAGCUGAUAAUUACCAGAAAGAAAUGGAGAAGAAGAAGUUUGACAAAGAGGCUCAGAAACUGUGGUUGAGGAUGAGGAAUGAGGUUAUGACUGAACUUCAUGAGAAAGGGUAUGAGCUUGAGUAACGUACAAAAAAGACUUGUGAUACAAUAAACAUACGUUAGGCUGUGUCGGUUAGAUUGAAGUUUCAAUUAUUGGAACACGUGUUUCCACAGACAUAUCCUUUAGAUUGUAAUGGAAAGUACAAAACGUAAUAUGACUGAUUUUUAUUC